AUGGAGGCAUACCUCGAGGAGGUACGCAAAAUCAAGAAACGAUUCUUGGGCCUGGAAUUGCAGCACGUGCCACGCGGCAUGAACAAGGAGGCGGACGACAUCGCCAAGAGGGUGUCUCGGUGUCUACCCCAGGAGCCUGGCGUCUUUGAGGAGCGGCUUUUCAAGCCAUCGGCAGCUCCCCCUGCUGCGGGACCAGCAUCACCUCAAGAGGAUCUUCCUCCAGCACCCCCCUCAGGCGCCCCAGCUUGCGGCCCGACCUCGGGAGCCCACCUGCUCCUCGCACUUGAGCCUCAGGAGGGGUGCUGGACCGAGGAGUUCAAGAGGUACCUUCUCCAAGGCACCUUGCCCGAAAAGGAUGAAGAUGCAGAGAGUGUGGCCCACCAGGCCACUGCAUACUGCAUCCAGGACGAUGAGCUCUACCUAAAACAGCCAAAUGAUGUUUCUCUAUGA